UAUGGGCUUCACAAGAAUGUGUACGUUGGGAAUGCUUUGUUGAGCCUUUAUGUAAAAUGUAGGUGCCCUCCGGAUGCAUUGAAGGCGUUUAGGGAGUUGGAUGAGCCUAAUGAGGUUUCCUUAACGGCAAUGAUGUGUGGACUGGUUGAAACUGACCAAGUGGAAGAGGCGUUUGAAAUGUUUAGGUUAAUGCAAAGGAGUGGAAUUAGGAUUGACUCUGUUUCAUUGUCUAGUGUACUGAGGGUUUGUGCUAAAGGUGGGGGUUCAAAUUUUGGUUGUAAUGGUGAGACUGAUAACGAUCUACCUAACACACAGGGGAAGCAAGUCCACGGUUUGACAAUUAAACUUGGAUUUGAAGGAGAGCUUCACGUAUGUAACUCCUUGCUUGAUAUGUAUGCAAAAAAUGGUGACAUGGAAAGUGCUGAAGGAUUGUUUGGAAACCUUUCAGAAACUAGUACUGUUUCUUGGAAUGUUAUGAUAAGUGGGUUUGGACAGAAUCAUGAUAAAAAAAGAGCGAUGGAGUACAUGGAAAUGAUGCGGGGUGUUGGUGUUGAGCCAGAUGAGGUUACUUACAUAAAUAUGCUCACGGCUUGUGUUAAAUCAGGGGAUGUUGAAAAUGGCCGUUUGAUAUUUGAUAGCAUGGCUUGCCCAAGCUUGAUUUCAUGGAAUGCUCUACUUUCAGGCUAUUCCCAGAAUGAGGACCAUCUCGAGGCACUAAAGCUGUUCAGAGAAAUGCAGUUUCGAAAUCAGCAACCUGAUCGGACCACUUUGGCUAUCAUACUUAGUUCAUGUUCUGAGAUUGGUGUACUAGAAUGUGGGGAACAGGUCCAUGCUACUUCGUUGAAGUGUGUCUUUCCUGGAGAUAUAUACAUAGCUAGUAGUCUUAUUUUAAUGUACCUAAAGUGUGGUAGAGCAGAAGCAGCUCUAUGUAUUUUUAAUGGACUCUCUCAAGCAGAUAUAGUCUGUUGGAAUUCUUUAAUUACCGGUUUAUCCUAUAAUUCAUUGGACAAAGAAGCUUUUGCUUUCUUUAAGCAAAUGCUACAGAUGGGGAUGUUGCCUAAUGAGUUUUCAUAUGCUACUACACUGAGUAGCUGUACAAAGCUAUCCUCAUUAUCACAGGGGAGACAGGUUCAUGGUCUGAUAGUCAAAGGUGGAUAUGCUAAUGAUGUUGUAGUUGGAAGUACUCUAAUUGACAUGUAUUCCAAAUGUGGUGAUGUAAAUGGGGCCAGGGUGCACUUUGACAUGAUGCCUUAUAAGAAUACAAUUACAUGGAAUGAGAUGAUACAUGGCUAUGCACAAAAUGGUCGCGGAGAUGAAGCUAUUUUCUUGUAUGAAGACAUGAUUUGUUCAGGAGGAAAACCUGAUACUAUAACCUUUAUUGCUGCUUUAACUGCUUGUAGUCACUCUGGGCUGGUAGAUCUGGGGCUUAAGAUACUCAACUCGAUGCAGCUGCAAUAUGGGUUGGAGCCACUUGUUGAUCAUUACACUUGCAUAAUUGAUUGUCUGGGUCGUGCUGCCCGGUUUAGUGAAAUGGAAGAGCUAGUCGAUAAGAUGCCAUGCAAAGAUGACUCUAUUGUGUGGGAGGUUUUGCUCAGUUCUUGUCGGCUUCAUGGAAAUGUAACCUUAGCAAGGCGGGCAGCAGAGGAGCUAAUCCGUCUCAACCCACAGAAUUCUGCUCCUUAUGUGCUUCUAGCAAAUAUGUAUACAUCGUUAGGUAGAUGGGGUGAGACAGAGGAAAUUAGAGCAGCUAUGUCAGAAAGGCAGGUAACCAAGGAACCUGGUUUUAGCUGGGGGUGAAUUCUUGAAGGAGAAAUAGUAAGUGGUAGCUGGCUGUUAAAAAUUUGACAGACGACUAAAUGAAAGAUGCUCGGUUUGUUAACGGUAUGAAAUUAGAGCAAACGUUUCCACCACUCAUAGAUAGUUGAUAUGUUCUGCUUGAAGCAAUUUCGGUUCUAGCUCACGUUUCUCAAAACGGACUUUUCUUUAGAUAUUUUUACAAGUCAAGUCUAGUGCCAAGGAGAAAGCACUAUUGCUUGACAAAUGUCACAGGCGGAUCACAGAACUCUUACGUGUACUGGCUUCUCGUUUCCCCAAAUUGAGAAUUUCUUUUGGAUAUUCUUCUUUGUUCUACUGACUAACGACAUUAAUGCUUUUCACUGCUGUGCUUGUAUCAUUUCCUGCGCCAGGAAAAUAUGAUUAACUGGGACAAGAGGCUCUGAGUCAUUGUCAACUGCUCUACCUCAGACUGUGAACAUGUCAUGUUUCUUCAUUCGAUUCCAGUUAUCACUGCUGAUCUGUUGCUUCCAUAUCCAGUAGCUUUUGCAUGGAGAAUGUGCAUAGCGGUUUGCUGUUACAUUGCAACAAGUGCUAAGGUUCCAACACCAGUCGGUGAAGAUGGUGUAAGUUGUUAUAUAUGACUUAUCCAAAAAAAGAAAUGACGAAAAUAGGGGUCUAUGUUGUUUGCUAUGUUACUAACAAAUACUGACUAACUGUAUGAACCUUAUUUAUGGAAGUCAAAAAGACUCGGAUUGCAGAGAGUCAGUGAGAUACAAACUGCUGCUGAAGGGAGAUCAAAUGGAAGGCAUCAGUCUUCUCUAAUGACGCUGCAAAUGCUCUUCUGCCGAUACUGUGGCUUCAAAGGAAGUUGGGAUGGUUGAAGCAAAAGGCGUACUUGCUUUCUAGAAUAUGGGAUAUGCAAUAAACUGUUGUCAUGCAUAGUCUUCAAGGAUCAGAAUUACUGCCAAGAAUCAUAUGCUGACUACGUACGCAAAGAAGUAAAUGGACAAUAUCUGUGUUUCAGCAAACUAAAAUUGAACCUAAAUGCUGCCGCCAGUUGCAUGUAGCCCAGCUGCAACUUUAGGCUUAUGAUUACCCAUGUAAUUGUUGUGCAAUAGCCUUCCAUCCAUUCAUCUGAGGGGAAUGUCAGGGGCACCAUUUCUCCUCAUGCUCCCUUCCUACAGUUGUCGGAUAUUUGAGAAGUGGCAGUCUCAUUUCGACAUACUAGAAAAAUUUAGGAAUAUUUAAAGAUAACUUAUGGUUAUUUUAAACUCUCUUCUCCCAAGCUUGUCGGUUAGGAUAGUUGUGUGGAAGUCUUAAGAGAUCUCUACGCUAAGUUAGUAAAUUUCUGCCCCUUUCCUAAAUCUGUUUUUGCAUGUG